AUCAUCAAUGGUGGUUUUGCUGGAGUUGAUGUUGCUUCCUUAUCGUAUAAAGAAAAACCUUUGACUUAACCCCUCCGCUACUCAUUCGGCUCAACUUGGUCAAUAAGAAGGAAAUGGCGACUGUAAUAGGAGGGACGCCGUGGAUCAGAAUGAGGGUAAUUCCAGAUCUUGCUCCUCCUAUGUCUAUUUGGUGCCCUUCCUUUUUUGUAUACAAAUACAAUCAUAUUCAAAACCAUCAACUUCGGAGGAGUCGGAACUUCUCUGUCUCUGCUGGUGGUGGUGGUGAAGAAGGACAAGUGAGAGUGCGUUUUGCACCAUCACCAACUGGGAAUCUCCAUGUUGGCGGUGCCAGAACUGCCCUCUUCAAUUACCUUUUUGCUAGGUCAAAAGGAGGGAAAUUUGUGUUGAGGAUAGAGGACACUGACUUGGAAAGGUCUACUAAGGAAUCUGAGGAUGCUUUGCUCCGUGAUCUUACUUGGCUUGGCCUUGAUUGGGAUGAAGGACCUCACGUCGGUGGAGAUUAUGGUCCAUAUCGGCAGUCUGAAAGGAAUUCUUUGUAUAAGCAAUAUGCUGAUAAGCUUUUGAAUUCUGCCCAUGUUUAUCGUUGCUUCUGCUCUAAUGAGGAGCUUGAAAAAAUGAAGGAAAUUGCAAAACUAAAACAAUUGCCUCCGGUGUACUCUGGAAAGUGGGCCACUGCUACAGAUGAAGAAGUACAAGAAGAACUGGCGAAGGCAACUCCUUACACAUAUCGAUUUCGUGUGCCAAAAGAGGGGAGUUUGAAAAUUAAUGAUCUGAUACGGGGUGAAGUCAGUUGGAACUUGGACACUCUUGGAGAUUUUGUGAUUAUGAGGAGCAAUGGACAACCUGUGUACAACUUUUGUGUUACUGUUGAUGAUGCUACCAUGGCCAUCUCACAUGUUAUAAGAGCUGAAGAGCAUUUACCAAAUACUCUAAGGCAAGCACUGAUAUAUAAGGCUCUUGGAUUUCCCAUGCCUUUAUUUGCACAUGUUUCUUUAAUUCUUGCUCCUGAUCGGAGUAAAUUGUCAAAACGGCAUGGUGCAACUUCAGUAGGUCAGUUCAGGGAGAUGGGAUACUUGCCUCAGGCAAUGGUGAAUUACCUGGCGCUUUUAGGUUGGGGUGAUGGCACAGAAAAUGAAUUUUUCACCCUUGAUCAACUUGUUGAAAAGUUCUCCAUUGGACGUGUUAACAAAAGUGGUGCCAUUUUUGACUCUACAAAGUUAAGGUGGAUGAACGGUCAGCAUUUAAGAGCGCUUUCAUCAGAAAAGUUAAUCAACCUUAUUGGUGAACGCUGGAAGAGCAUUGGUAUCCUUGUGGAGUCAGAAGGAUCAUUUAUAGAAGAAGCUGUUCAGUUGCUUAAGGAUGGGAUUGACUUGGUAACUGAUUCAGAUAAAGCACUCUCAAAUUUGCUAUCUUAUCCCUUACAUGCUACUUUAGUGAGUCCAGAAGGUAAGACUGUUGUAGAAGAUAAGCUUUUCGAAGUUUCUUCCAGCCUCUUAGCUGCAUAUGACAGUGGUGAACUUCUAAGUGCACUAGAAGAAGGGCCUUCAGGCUGGCAGAAGUGGGUGAAGAACUUCGGCAAAUCUAUGAAACGCAAGGGGAAAUCACUUUUCAUGCCGCUGAGGCUGCUGUUAACUGGAAAGCUCCAUGGUCCAGACAUGGGUGCUAGUGUGAUCCUACUGCAUAAGGCAGGAAAUUGUGGCAUCGUUUCUCCACAAGCUGGAUUUGUGACAUUGAGCGAAAGGUUUGAAAUGCUGAGGCAAGUUGACUGGGAAGCCCUAAACAAGGAUCAACCUCCCUUGGAGCCUGCUGCUACUGUAUCAAACUGAGAAAAACCAUGUCAUGAUCUGCUAAUUUUUAACUUCACCUUUUUGUAAUUGAUUCUUCUGAAAGGCAUUUGAUGAGGGAAGUUCCAUGUAUACAAUAUCGCUUGUAAUCCGGAUCCGCCUGUUUCAUACUCGCUGAGAUGAGUUUAGUGCUUUUUCCUUUUCUUUUGAUUCAAGAAAGUUGGGGCUUUCAGGAAGGAUGAUUAUCGGUUUGAUUAUUGUUUGUAUGAUGAACACUCGGAUAUGCUAUGCAGAUAUCAUCUUUGAACCAA